UGUACAAAUAUGAAUAACUUUAAAUGAUGAUUAACGUUACAUAAAGAAAUGUUUAUCUUCCCUCAAACUCUCAGAUUGUACCCCUAAUGCCCAGUGCACUGCUAAUCAAGGCUAUUGCUACAAUGGUACGAGUAGCUACAUGUGCACAGGUACCAUCUACAAACAAGGAUGCGGGGAGGCUGCAUGUCACUGUUGUAUUAAUGAUGCUUCCCUCUGUGUUCUAUUACCUGAUUGUGAGAACAGUGGUGGAUCUUGCAUGAAACCUGCAAACUGGAGUAGCUGUGUUGGUGCAAUUGACUCAACUGACUGCUUUGGAGAUGACUGUGCCUGUUGCCAUCCAACAGGUAAAAUAGGUAACAGUGGCUUCUGGAUUGGAUUGAAUGACAGAGCAACGGAAAACAGCUUUAAAUGGUGUGUAGACAACAGCGCUGUUGAAGACAAUGGCAAUUAUUCAAGCUGGGCAGUCGGGCAACCAAACGAUAAUAAUGGACAAGACUGUGUUGUGAUAUAUUCUGACGAUACUUGGAAUGAUGACGAAUGUUACUCGGAUCACUGCUACAUCUACGAAAAACCAGCCUCUUAAAAUGGACUAACAACAUUGCGUCUUUAGGGACAGUUCUCUGCAACUAGCAUAGGUUGCAAUCUGCACUGCACAAGACAGGGUGUCAUGAACUGGCCCUCUUAGAGGUAUAACCUAACAAAGGAGGAGGGUAACUAGAGAGGAAAUAUAUACAUAUAUAGUAUUAAUUUUACAUUCUAUUCAGUGAUGAUAAUUAUCUUGGGUAGAAAAUUCUUGUUUUCUUGAGACAAUGUGAGUUGCACACAAGUUGCUGUUUUGCACUCUACGUAGUUCCACAAUCAAAUUGAAGAUUGACUCGAUUUGGUCAGCUGAGUAAGUAAUAACCAAGGUUUUAUCAACUCAGAGGGGAGUAGGGAGCACCAUUUGCCUCUUUUUAGUGGUUAGAGUUUGUGAUGAUAUAGUUAAAUCACCAAAAUUAAUAGGAUUGAUUUUAAAAGCUAAUUAUGACCAUUUUAACUUGAAGAAGGCACUUAGCCUCACAGAGCUUAAUAGUAAAUGUUGCUCUUGCAUGCACUUAAAAAAAGGAUUGCACUGUUAAAUGAAUUUCCACAAAUGACAAAAUCCUGAGGCCAACAGAAAAUCACAGAAGACGAAUUGUCACCCAAAGAUUCGUUUAUCAUGAGGUAUGACCGCCUGAGUUUGUAGAAAAUGCAAGUAUCUAGCAAAGUUCUUACCGAGAACACCACACCAGUUUGAAGAAUUUCCUGACAAUAGAUUAGUGUUUUAGAUGUGACUGUGUGUGAAUUUAUACUCUUGAGAAUGAAGAUGAAGGAUGUGAACAGCUUGAGCCCUUUUUUUUAUUAUCUCACUGUGUUUUGUUCAAUGAGUUUGCAUUUAUUUGCGCUUUAACACUUAAGUUAAGAAAUCGGCGUUCACGUCAUUGUUUUUGUGGGCAUCACUGGCAAUAUAGUCCUGAAUAUAUCCAUGAGGAAAUAGAUGUUAUUAGGAAAAUAUACAAGGGAUUAACACUUCCUGAUAUUGUAUUAGACAAUGCAAUGAGAUUGGCAGAAUAAAGGACUUCUUACAGUGAUAAAACAGAAACAUAUCUCACGAACAACAUUCUUGUAUCAGAAUAUUGUAAUUACUUGAAAGACAUUGUUAAUGUUCCUGUGAUGGAAGUAAUUUCAUAAAAUUCCUAUGUAAUUCCUAUGAUAAAUUCCAUGUGGAUCAAAAUGGUACAUCACUGGAAAAGAGAAUUAAGCAGCAACAAAGUCGUAAAAAUAUAUAGAGGAGUAUGUCUAAUUUUUUGCUCAUGUUCAGAGACAGUAAUCAUGAUAUAAACUUUAAAUAUCAGCCUAGAGAUGUAUAAGUUUUGAUCUACAUUUCCACAGAAAUAUGUAAAAGGUAGAGAUUUUAAUGAUUGUAGUUAAGUCUGGUCCAAAUGACAAGAAAUUAUAUGAUUGUUAUUUUCCCCCAGUAAAUAAUCUGCAUUUGGUCACUAGCAAAGGGGAUCAAGGAAUAGCACACCCUUCUCUCAGUCUAAGAAGCUCCGCCUACUCUUCGCAGUUGUCAGCUACCUUUUUUUACGUACCAGUCCUUGAUAUAUGAAACCGAGCAAGACCUCAUCCUCUGUUUCAUUUAACCCUGUGGUAAUUUGUUUUCAAACUUCACUUGUUCCUGUCAAAAUAAAUAC